AUGCCUCCAAAGAAGUUGAACAAGGAUGGGGAUCAGAAGUCGAAGGAGGACGAGAAAUCUAACAAACCCACUGUUUCCGAUGAAGAAGUCCGCGAGGAAUCAGGGAAAGCCGCCAACGCUGCCCUCGCAGCUCAGAAGAAGGCCAAAGAAUUGAAGGAUGCGGCAGCAGCAGCCGGCAAUCCCGAAGAACGAGAGAGAUUAACGGAAGAAGCUACGAAUGCCGAGAUUGAAGCCGAGUCAUUUGGAAAAACAGCAAAGUACCUACGCUCAGGCGCAUUUCAGGGCAUGGCUAUGGGUACAGGUCUUGGUGUUGCACCAGGAGCAACUUUGGGAGCAAUCAGUGGGACCUUAGUCGGAGGUAUUUCGUCGACGCUACUGGGUGGACUGGGCGCCGGUAUAGGUGGCGUUACAGGGGCAAUUCAUGGACCUUUUGUGAACAUGGGAAAAGUAGCAGGAAAAGGGAUGAAAAAGCUGACGAGCUUUCUACCGGAAUGGGCAGCGAGCGAGGAGCAAAAGAGGACAUUGGAAAAGAUGGUUAGCCAGGCCAAAGACGAAGAGAUGCCUGGUGCUGAGGAGCUCGAGAAGUUCAAAAGCGAGGGCGGUGGGCGUCAGCUGGAUGAAGGGUGGCUGCAGAACGCAAAGGGCAUGCUUCCAAAACAAGAGGAUGUCUCGAAUGCAGCCAAAGCGGGUGCACAGGCAACCAGUGGUGAAUCAGUACCGGAGUCUAAGGACGGCACAUCCGAGCAGCAGCCGCAUGAAGGCUCGGCCCAGACGGAUGGUCCUCAAGGUCGUAAAAAGCCACGCAAACUGAACUCUAGGCCGACCGAUGUCAGCAAUCGAGUGCCAGAUACGGACGGCAAUGACAAUACGAAGGAUGAGCCAACUCAAAGCAAGCAAGGGUCAGACGCACACAAAGAAGGAGAGACGGAUGAGCGAACGAAGAGACUCAACCAGCGCGAGGCUGACCUGAACCGUAAAGAAGCUGAGCUGGAACAGAGGGAAAAGGCGUUGGAGAAGCGUGAGAAAGAACUUGAGUCCAGAUCGACUAGCCAGGGCCCAGAGCACUCAACCACAUCGGAACCGAAAGGACAUCCCCGCAAACUCGAAACUAGAUCUUGA